CCGCCGGAUCCCAACAAAGCAAAGCUGGGAAGGACUCUCCGAAUCCUCCAAGAACACCUCCCGACGCUCCUCCAGUCCCCCCUCCCGCAGGACAUCCUCGCCCCCAACAUCUCCCUCCGCCUCUUCCCCUCGACGCACCCGCACCUCCCCGUCGUCUCCGGCCGCGUCGCCUACACCGCCGCCCUCUGGACCUCCCCCAUCGCCUGGAACCGCGUGCCCAUCAUCGGCAACGUCCAGCUCGAGAUCCUCGCCGAGCGCGUCACCUCCGAGCCCCUCACCUUCCUGCCCCGCCGCGCCGGCGCCAUACCGGAGCAGCUCGUCGUGCGCUGGUGCGAGAAGCGCAAGCCAAAGGACGACGACAAGUCCGAGUCCGGCAUCUCGCUGCCCUCGCUGCGCCUCGCGCGGGGCGUCGAUCCGAACAAGGCCUUUACGGGGCUCUUCAUCUUCGACUUUGACGCCGAGGGGAGGAUAUUGACGCACACCAUCGAGCAGGCGCAGGAGGGGGGCGACUGGGAGAAGGGCAUGGGAGCCAAGUUUGUCGGCUUGACGGAUUGGCUGCUGGGC